AAUCGUCAAAUUUUGGCAUGGUUGAUCUUAACUUGAAAGAAUAAAAUAAUAUCGUUUUGUUGGAAUUAUUAUGAAAAUGGAGUGGAAACCUGAACCAGAAGGAUUACGGCAAAUACUUACACUUCUCAAGGAGUCUCAAUCACCGGACACAGUAACCCAGAGAGCUGUUCAACAAAAAUUGGAAGAAUUGAACAAGUAUCCCGACUUUAAUAAUUAUCUUAUUUUUGUAUUAACAAAAUUAGUCUCAGAAGAAGAGCCUACAAGGUCUCUCAGUGGUUUGAUCUUGAAAAACAAUGUAAAAGCGCACUACAAUAAUUUUCUGCCGGAGGUCGCGGAGUUUAUAAAACGAGAAUGCCUAUCAGCUGUAGGAGACCCUUCACCUUUAAUCAGAGCCACUGUAGGCAUUAUCAUUACCACUAUAGCAAGCAAAGGUGAAUUGACCUCAUGGCCAGAACUCUUGCCUGCUUUGUGUCAUAUGCUUGAUUCUCAAGACUACAAUGUGUGUGAGGGAGCUUUUGGGGCACUGCAGAAGAUUUGUGAAGACACGGCAGAAGUUCUUGACUGUGAUGAACUAAACAGACCACUUAAUGUACUAAUACCUAAAUUUCUUCAGUUCUUCAGGCAUUCAUCGCCUAAAAUAAGAUGUCAUGCUAUAGCAUGUGUUAAUUAUUUCAUAAUGGGCAGAACACAAGCCCUAAUGUUGCAUAUUGAUUCGUUUAUAGAGAACCUUUUCCAUCUAGCAGCAGAUGAAGAUCCAGAUGUCAGGAAAAAUGUUUGUCAUGCUUUAGUUUUACUCCUUGAAGUUCGGUUGGAUAGGCUCAUACCACAUCUACCCAACAUCAUUGAGUAUAUGUUGAUUCGCACACAAGAUCCUGAAGAAGGUGUUGCCCUGGAAGCAUGUGAAUUCUGGCUUUCUCUCGCAGAGCAGAAUGUGUGCCGGGAGGUUUUGGGUCCUCGUCUGCCUGCACUACUCCCAGUGCUGGUACGUGGCAUGCGCUAUUCUGAAAUGGAUGUAAUACUUCUGCGCGGCGACCGGGACGAUGACGCCGAUGACGCGGAACCAGAUCGCGAGUCUGACAUUCGUCCGCGCUUUCAUAAACCACGUUCCCACACCAUAAAGCACAAUGCGGGGGCGGGCGACAGUAACAUGUCAGGUGGUGGGGAGUCUGACGAGGAAGAUGACGGCGGGGCGGAAGGCGACGACGGCUCGCUGUCAGACUGGAACCUGCGCAAGUGUAGCGCUGCCGCGCUUGAUGUGCUCGCCAACGUGUUCGGCGCUGACCUAUUGCCUGUGCUCUUCCCCAUACUCAAGGAGACCCUAUUCCACAACAGCUGGAUUAUUAAGGAAAGUGGUAUCUUAGCAUUGGGCGCAGUAGCGGACGGUUGUAUGGGUGGAAUGGUGCCUCAUCUGCCGGACCUGGUGCCAUACUUGGUGUGCUGCCUGUCGGAGCGCAAGGCACUCGUGCGUGCUAUCACCUGCUGGACCCUCUCCCGAUACUCGCACUGGAUAGUCUCACAGUCCCAUGAUCAAUAUCUAAGACCUGUUAUGACUGAGUUAUUGAAGCGGGUGCUGGACAACAACAAGCGGGUGCAGGAAGCAGCCUGCUCGGCUUUUGCUACCUUGGAAGAGGAAGCGUGCACUGAACUCGUACCCUACCUCGGACAUAUUCUACAGACUCUGGUCUAUGCUUUCGGCAGAUAUCAACAUAAAAAUUUACUCAUAUUGUACGAUGCUAUCGGCACAUUGGCAGACUCGGUAGGCCACCAUCUCAACAAACCUGAAUACAUCAAUUUAUUGAUGCCACCGCUCAUCACUAAGUGGAAUGUAUUAAAGGAUGAAGAUAAAGACUUAUUUCCCCUGCUCGAGUGUCUCUCAUCUGUGGCAACUGCGCUGCAGUCAGGAUUCCUGCCGUACUGCGAGCCUGUGUUCAGAAGAUGCGUAUCUCUUAUAGAACAAACUUUGAACCAGAAUAUUGCAAAUAGUCAGAGCCCGGAGCAGUUUGAGGCACCAGACAAGGACUUCAUGAUUGUGGCACUGGAUCUGCUGAGCGGUCUGGCGGAAGGACUGGACGGUCACAUCGACCACCUCGUGCAUAACUCCAACCUCAUGCAGCUGCUCUACCAGUGUAUGGGCGACCCCAUGCCAGAGGUUCGUCAAUCAUCGUUUGCGCUAUUGGGAGAUCUGACGAAGGCAUGCUUCCAACAUGUGCACCUCUACAUCCCUGAGUUCCUCAAUAUACUGGGCAUGAACCUCAACCCGGAGCUCAUCUCCGUCUGCAACAACGCCACCUGGGCUAUUGGGGAAAUUAGCAUAAAAUUAGGUCCGGAGACAUCAAAAUACAUACCUCUUGUACUCGGUCAUCUUGUUGAUAUAAUCAAUAGACCUAACACACCAAAAACAUUAUUGGAAAACACAGCGAUUACUAUCGGUCGGCUAGGUUAUGUGUGCCCCCACGACGUCGCACCCGUAUUACAUCAAUUUGUACGCCAGUGGUGCACCUCGCUGCGGAACAUACGCGACAACGACGAGAAGGACUCCGCCUUCCGCGGCAUCUGUCAGAUGAUACAGAUCAAUCCGGGCGGAGUCGUCACCGACUUCCUCUACUUUUGCGACGCGAUCGCCUCCUGGUCGCACCCCAAGGACGAUCUGAAGGAGAUGUUCACCAAGAUCCUGCACGGCUUCAAGAACCAGGUGGGCGAGGAGAACUGGCGCCGCUUCACAGACCAGCUGCCCGUCCAGCUCAGCGCGCGCCUCUCCGCCAUGUGCGAUAUAUAAACAUCAACCUAUAUAUUAUGGGGAACCAAUGGGAUCUCGGGUCGGGAGGUCGUGGCAGUCGCCGCCCAUUCUGUACUGUGCCAAUGUAUUUACGUCACGGGCGCUGCCCGACACAAACUACAAUAGACCAUUCGGUGCCCUCUAAUCGCUAUACAAUAUUUGGCAUUUUUUCUAUUUGUGUACCUGAAAAAUGUGUAAUUAGCGGCGACACCACUCAAACUAUCGUCAAAUAUAUAGUGACGUCAUAACAGUUUCGGAUAUACGCACACUGGGCUAUAACCGGGCUCGCCUCGUUUGCGCGGCUCGUCUCCAUAUUGCAUGAUUUAGUGAUAGUCAAGUAGUGUGUAAUCGAUGUCUAUAACUAGACCGUUUCAUUAUUUUUCGAAUUGAUUUUAACACUUUGAUUCCUUUACCCAUUUUAAUAGGGCUCCGAAUUUAAAACGGUCUAGAUAUUGUAGGAAUUAACUUGAGAAAAUUAGUGAUGUAACUUUUCGAUAGAUUUUUAAAUGAGUCGAUAGAUGUGAAAAAAAAUUCUUUGUGUAUAUCGACUUUUUGGUGACAUUUUUUUUAAUUGAGGCAUUUUACGAGUCGACUUCGGCUGAAUCGGCUUGUUGUGUUUGCCUUUUUUCGACUGACGAAAACAUUCACCGCUGAACACGUCUCUUGUGCGCUAGUGUUUGUUGGAAAUUAUCAUACUCGUGUUUAUAAUGUAACACUAUAUCAUUUAUAUUAAAUUCAUUCUUUCGGAAUAUAUGGUGUUUACGAAAAAGUAUAAAAAUUAAAUAUAUUUUUAUCUAAAGCAUUUAUUUUGUGU